GAAUUCCACGAGGUGGGGGAAGGGCCGGGACGCGGGGCGGGGUGGGGAACCGGUGUGUGUGGAGAGGGCUGCCAGGUUCUGCCCCUUAAAGUCGGGGGCUGAAGGAGGCGGCAUCCCAGUCCGGAGAAAGCGUUGCUCGUCUGAGAGCAGCUGCGGGUCCAGAGGAGAGUCCGCGGGAAAGUGGGAAGGAAGGAGGAAGGGAGCGGGAUGACGAGACCCCUGCUGCGGCCCGCCGGGCUCGGACCGUUCGUCCUGACGUGGCUGCCGCUGCCCGCGUCUCCGGGGAAAGGAGUCCAGGCCAGGAGGGCCAGGCCCGCGCCGCCGUGCCAGCCUGCGCCCCCUGCUCGGCGGGGGACGGCCCCGGGGCUCGACCGCUGCGGGGGCUGCCGCGUCUGCGCCGCGGCCGAGGGCGAGGCCUGCGGCGGGGCGCUCGGCCGGCCGUGCGGCCCGCGCCCCGGCUCCUCGGCGGCGGGGGACGGCCGCACCUACCCCAGCCUGUGCGCGCUCCGCGCCGAGAACAGCGCCGUGCGCCUCCGUGGCGCGCUCCCGGCAGUGGCGGUGCGGAAGCGGGGGACUGUGGAGCCCCAGCAUCUCUUUGCGGGGACCAGAAGCGCAGGCUGGCUCACGAGCAAGUACAACUUCAUCGCCGCCGUGGUGGAGACGGUGGCCCCGUCCGUGGUCCACUUACAGCUGUUCCGCGGGUCGCCUCUCAGCAGUGAGGAUAUUCCUGCAUCCAGUGGCUCUGGGUUCAUAGCAUCUGAGGAUGGGCUUAUUGUUACCAGUGCCCACGUCCUCACGAACCAGCAGCGGAUCCAGGUGGAGCUCCAGAGCGGGGUCCAGUAUGAAGCCACUGUCAAGGACAUUGACCAUAAAUUGGAUCUUGCCCUGAUUAAAACUGAGCCAAAUACUGAACUUCCUGUAUUGCUGCUGGGAAAGUCAUCUGACCUGUGAGCUGGCGAGUUUGUGGUGGCCUUGGGUAGCCUGUUUUCACUGCAGAACACAGGGACGGCAGGCACUGUCAGCGCCACACGGCGAGAGGGCAAAGAGCUGGGGCUGAAGGAUUCAGGCAUGGACUAUAUCCAGACGGAUGCCAUAAUUAAUCAUGGGAAUUCUGGGGGGCCUCUGGUGAAUUUGGAUGGUGAUGUGAUUGGCAUAAACACACUGAAGGUGACCACAGGAAUCUCCUUUGCAAUUCCCUUGGAUUGCAUUCGACAGAAAGGAAAGGCUGUUUCACAGAAGAAAUAGUUGGUUCUGCGCAUGCUGCCCCUCACUCUGAACCUGCUUCAGGAAAUGAAAAGGCCAGAUCCACAUUUCCAUGAUGUGACCUCUGGAGUUUUUGUAUAUGAGGUGAUUCGAGGAACAGCUGCUGAAAGCUCUGGGUUGAGAGACCAUGAUGUAAUAGCAUAAACGGACAACCUGUCCACGACAACCGACGUGAUUGAAGCUGUUAAGGCCAAUGAUUCCCUUUCUAUCCUGGUUCGUUGGAGAAGUCAAACGUUGAUCCUGACAGACACACCUGAAAUAAUCAAUUAAGUGUCUUGCUUUAAAAAGAAAUGAUCUAACAAAACCAAAGCUUUAUUACCUGGUUUGUAUUGAAGAUGUGCCAAAGAUGGCAAGGGGUUUUAGGAUCUGUUUCUUAAUAAAGGAAAAUGAAUGCUUUAAAACACAAAUACACACACUCUGGAACCAUUAGGUUGGGGGUGUUAUAACUGCUGCUGAGAAGCAUUCCUAAGGCAAGUGGAAGAAGGACAUGGUGCCAGGAAGUCUGGGGAGCUGAUAAAAUUUUAUUUAAAGACAGGAAACAACUGAAAACAGGCAGAGUUUCUAGUUUAACCUUGACAAAAAGGACGCUUCAGUAUUUAAAAACUUCUCUAGAGCCACAAACUGGAUAUAACACAAAUAUACACAAAUAGAUCUAUCUACCAAAUAUUAAGAAAAAAACUGAAUCCAGAGUAUAAAGGAAAUCACAUUUUUCAAAAUAUUCCUUUAUUCAAAUAGUUUUUCAGGUUGUGUCACAUUUGGCCAGGGUUUGUGAAUACAGAGGAUGGGCAUCACCUAGAAGCCACACUGAAACUGACAAAUGUGGAUCGUCACAGAGGAAGGUAAAGAUUCUCAGGCUGUCACCUAGCAGUAGAAACAACUUUGAUCCCCAUCACCUUUUCUGUGAGAAGGGCUUCUUCUUUAAAAUACAAAAUUUAAUAACUUACAGACUUUUACCUCUUUACCCAAGCUCUUCCUCCUGGAAACAUUAAUGAUUAAUGAUUUUGAGUCUGAAAGCUGCCACAGUUUAUUUUUAAAGGAAAAUAGCUUUGGAUGGGGUUUGUGAAUAUCCUUAAGUUUUUUUUUGUGUGUGAGAUGAAGCAGGAUUUGUGGUUUUAAAGUAGUAUCUUAUUUGGGGUAAGAUUUCAAUUUUAGUUUGUUUUCCAGAUUUUUCUUAGAAGUUUUUUUUUCUUUUUCUUUUUAAAAGGGGGCAUCCUUGAACCCUCUUAAGUUCUAUGCAAAAUUUUAUGUUUCUGUGCAUUUUUCUGGGGAGAAGGUCCAGUUUCUUCAUGACCCACAACAAUUUAAAAUGUACUGCCUUAGAGUGUAGAGAUUAUAAAUAAGAAUCUAUCAAUUAUUACUGUUAUAAAGAAGGUUAAGGUCAACGUGGUACAGAACUUUCAGGACAAAAUAGAAUAAUCUGUUUGAACUUUUACAUAAUUGCCACCAUUUAAUACCGUAAGAACAGUGGUCAUAUUAAUCAGAGAUAAUAAAGCUGAAACUCUUAGGAAAACUUCAUAAUGAUAGAGCAUAUUCAGAGUUAUUUUAACUGGGAUUCUUGGUCUUUAUGUCAAUUAUUAUGAGACUAAACUUUGAGCAGUUCUACCUUGAUUGUUUCUAGAAUUUAUAAGUUGCCCAAAUACCAGGCUCUUACUUUGAUUUACCUUACAAACCCCAUUUUUACCUUAUAUUCUUUUCAACUCAGAUUGCAAGGGAUGGGAACUAAGUUUUAAAAACCACUUAUAAUUCAGAACAUUUUCUUUUAUUCCCAGUGAUUUGGGAACUCGAAACCUUGGCUGUCUCUUUCCCUAUGACUGAUUGCUAUAGCCCGCACUGAGAGAUUUUGGUACCAUGCUUAUUUUGACAGAAUGUGUUCAGUUUCUUUGCCCCCCAGAUCACAUCCUAACUGUACCCUGCACUCAGUAGUAAUAUCCUUUAAGGAAGAGUCUGCUUUUCUUUCCAGGGGCCUGAGGCCCCUCAUAUUAUCUUACCUAAUCAUGAAUAACAGAUUUACAGCUACUUGUAUGAAAUCUUUUUUUUUUUUUU